AUGGCAGGUUAUGACUGGGCUCUCUCACAUAGUUUCGACCAAUCACACUACGAGAAUCGUAUGAGUGUCGGCGUGGUGCAACGCGACAUCGAGUGCAAAAGAUCAGACGUCCGGCGUCGUCGACGUCGAAUCAGUGCCAAGGGUCGCGACGUCGACAGCUCUACUUGGGAGACGCUUGAAAUCGAUCUCGUUUAUCCAUGGUGGGCGUCACAUAUCUGGUUCGAGUUGUUUGAAAAGAAUGACAGUGGCGAGCAACUUCCUUUUUUGUGUUGA